ACGAGACUCCCGAUCUGCCACCUUACCCACCCUUCGAGUUGCGUCCGCUAGAGAGUUGGCUCGGCGAGCCAUAGGGGUGAAUGCUGUAUCCCCGGCUUGAUCUGAGCGGAACUCUGUGAGCCUUUCUACCUCGAGUGUGCCUGGGAGUACAUCUUGCUGUCUGACUUAAAUCCUUACUGCUUUAGAGCACGCCCCUUCGACAGCCAGGGUGGGGCCCAGAUCGAACCUGGCCCUCCUUCCCCCAUCUGCCUUUAGGUCGCUGAUCUGCCAGGAUCUUAUGCUGCAGUGAGGGUCCAGAGCUGGCACCACAGAAUCUGGGCAACCCCUUCCACUCACCCAUGCCCACUCCACAUGAGGCUGAGAAACAGCACACAGGGCCAGAGGAGGCAGACAGGCCUCCCUCGAUGUCCAGCCAUGAUGCAGCCCCCUCAGGACCUUCCAGUCGAAAUCCCUGCUGCUUAUGCUGGUGCUGCUGCUGUAGCUGUUCCUGGAACCAAGAACGGCAACGAGCUUGGCAGGUUUCUCGGGAAAGCAAGCUGCAACCCCUCCCCAGCUGUGAAGUCUGCACUCCACCAAGCCCUGAGGAAGUACAGAGCUGGGCACAGUCUUUUGACAAGUUGAUGCAUAGCCCCACGGGCCGCAGUGUAUUCCGGGCAUUCCUGCGCACAGAAUACAGUGAAGAGAACAUGCUCUUCUGGCUGGCUUGUGAGGAGUUGAAAGCAGAGGCCAACCAACAUGUGGUGGAUGAGAAGGCGCGACUUAUCUAUGAGGACUACGUAUCUAUCCUGUCCCCCAAGGAGGUAAGCCUGGACUCCCGUGUUCGAGAAGGCAUCAAUAGGAAGAUGCAAGAGCCAUCGCCACACACAUUCGAUGAUGCACAGCUGCAGAUCUACACCCUCAUGCACCGGGACUCCUACCCUCGUUUCCUUACCUCCCCCACCUACCGUUCUCUAUUACUCCAGGGGGCCCCACAGUCCUCUGAGGCCUAGGUCAUUUGUCACACAGAUGUUCUAAUCCCAUGGGCAGCCUAGAGGCUAGCCCUGUCUCACUUGGCUGGAAAUAGACUCAGUCCCAGUGGCAACUGCAAUGUUCUGCUCUGUCCUAGCCUGCUCCUACUGGGGGUUCUCAUAGAUGGUGCCUCAGACCACCCCCCCCAGUCAUGUGCCCAGGAGAUGUUCUCAUGGAGAAAACCCUUUAUGCCAACAGGUUUGAAGCAGGAGAACUGUUAAUUCAGAACCAGAUGUAGGACCUCAGAGUCAGACUCAAAUGAAGAGCCCCUUUAUAUUUUAUAUAUUAACUUUAAAGUUGGAAAUAUGUCCUUACUGUAUGUUUUAUCAAAAGAAAAAAAGAGACCUUUCACA